GAGCCGUCCGGAGCGGAGCGGGGAGGACCGGAAAGAAUCAACCGUCGUUAAAGGACAGCUGUUGCUAUGGCAGCGGCGUGGCUUGUAUCCCGGCAUGCAGCGGGCCCUGCAAUAUGGAGGCGCUAAGGCUGAUGAAGGGGGCAAGGAGGGGCUUUGGGCACGAGGGAGAGGAAAAGGUCCUGCCGUCUGCAUAACGCGGGAAGGGAGCUGCGGGCAUCAAGAUGUGGGAGGAAAGAGAAGACUCGAUCACCUUGCUGUGCCUCACGGCCAGUAGCGGGGUGCCCUUAUAUUGCAGGAGCCGGGGUGGGUCUGCCAAGCAACAGCUCCCCUUCUCUGUGAUUGGCUCCCUUAAUGGGGUUCAUAUGUUUGGCUCCAACCUGGGUGUUCUGCUGACAGCUGCCUGUACAGAGAAUACUCGAGUGAUGUGGAAAGUUUUCCACAACAGCAUCACACUAAUUGUGCUGUCUUCGGAUGAAAGUACCAGUGAGCUCAGCCUUGGAAAACUCCUUGAGAAUGUCUUCAGUGCCAUGGUGCUGAUACUUGGCUUGGAGGAAUUAGUAAAUGCACGCAACAUUGAACGGCUCAAAAAAGAUCUGAAGGCAUGCUACAAACUGAUUGACAGUUUCUUGGAGCCAGGCAAAGGGGCAGCUGACUUGACUCAAUGUGUGGAAUGUGCUAUGACACCCUCCAGGGAGAUUCUGCAGGAAUGCUUGGAAGCCUUUGCCUCGGCAGCGCAGUCACGCUUUGGCAGCCUGCUAGUGGGCAGCCGGGUGCUGUGUGCAACAGAGCAGUGGUGGCAGCUGGCCGCCCCCGAGGCCAUGCUGCUGGUGUGGCUAGUGCAAGCACUUCCUCCCCACACCUCCCGCGAUCUGCCCGUAUACCUUCCUCAUGGCAGUCCCACGGUUCCUCACCGACUCCUGACCUUCCAACUUGUGCCUGGCUUGGAAGUGCUCUUGCUGUGUGGGCCCAGCCCUUCUUUACAAUGCCUAGCUGAUGAGCUAGUGAAGCAGUUUUGGCAACCACUCCUAGAUCUUUUGAAGGCAAGUGCCAGAGCCCCUCCUCACUGCUUACUCCCUGGCAUCUCUCUUGACCCCGGGAUCCUGGGAUUGUUGCUGAUCAAGCAAGAGCCAAGGAAAAGCCUCUUCACAGUGGAGCCUCAUGGUACCUGCACUGAAGGUACAGCUCAAGGGUCUGAGAUGCCCUCACAGGGUCGGCUCUUUGCUCUCCGCUCUUUCUAUGCCUUCGCUACCUCAAUGUACUUUCCUUCAGAAAAGCCAGAAGAGAGCACAGCUGCUUUGCAGGAGGAAUUCCAGGCUGGCUUCUCCCACUCUCCUCAGCACUGCUAUGUAGUGUACACUACGCACAAGGCCUAUGCUAUCCAUGGGAAGCGGCAUCAAUUGUUCCUGCUUCUGAAGCCAGCUGUGCCUACCUUUGCUCUACGGACUCUGGCAACCAGUACGUUGCAGGCUCUUACAGCUGGGGACUCAGCCUUCUGAAGGCACCUAUCAACUUUCAGAGAUGAAAACUGAGAGUAAUGUGAUGGGAUCCCUGAAUGUUCUAGGCAAGCUGUGAUUACCCUGCAGUGCAACAGAGCCUGUGGAGGAACUUUUCAAAGAGGAGACAUUCUAUCAUAAUUCUGGCUUUUAUUUUGAGGGGAGGCAAUCUGACAAAAGAUGGUGGGCUACCAUUUUUUGGCCUCUCAUCUCUCCUUCUUUCCCCUUUCUAAAAAAAAGCAAACAGAAUUUUGGUAUGAAUUGUUCUCAGAAUGCAUAUGCAUUAAGGAUGGGAUAUGGGUUAAAUUAUCAUACCCAGAAGAGGUUAUUAUAUCUGAAUCAGAGGACAGUUGGGAUCACCCUUCAACUAAAGCUGAGGCAUUGAGAGUGUGAGAAAGCAGGCUUUCCAUUUAGGUGCAACUCUGCACAUCUCUUAUGUUGGACAUGUUGUGCCACCAUGGAAUGUUUUAGUUGCUGAAACUGUUACUGCCCACUAUGUGUAGUGUUGCACAUUUGCUUCAGCUCUUAUAUUCCCAUGACAAUAGUUUACUUCACAUGUCCCGGUUUCUGCUGAGAAUUGUUCUUCCAUCCUGUUAAGCAGUACAACACAGCACCUUUUGAGGUUCCCGCUAGCACAGUGCUGUUUAGAAAUAGUAAAACAAACUCACAAUUGUGAAAAGGUUGUGUUGCACUGGCUAAAACUGAUCUGGGAAAUUUUCAACUUGAAUUGUGCUUUAGUUAUGCAAGCCAUUCUCUCUCCACUGAACUCACUGAAAUAAUUCUACCGUGUUUCCCCAAAAAUAAGACAGGGUCUUAUAUUAAUUUUGGCUCCAAAAAAACACA